CCUAGGGACGUGGGGUGCAGGAUCCAGGCCUUGCACCUGCAGUGGGAGCUCCCCGUGCUCCCCGCUCCAGGCCAGGGCCCGGCCAUGCUGCCGCCCGCCAUCCCCAGCAUCAUCUCCUCCAGCAGACAAAAGCGCUCAGUGAGCCAACGGCGUUCCCGCUCUGCGUCCCUGCUCUUGUCACCGCUCCACGUCCCUGCUCCCAGCUGUGGGGUUUGGCCCCCGACCCCAUACUCCAGCAGCCCCACUGCACUGCACUGCACCCUGGCCCUUUCCCAAACUGGUGGCAGCUGUGUGGUGGUGUAGGGAGGAGAGUGUUUAUCUUCUCCCUGCAAAGCGUGGUUGAGCUGUUAGGCUUCUGGUUGGGGAGGGCUGAACAACAGAACCGCGCAGCUUUCACGUGACACGAGACAAAGCUGGAACUGCAUUUCUUCCCCAGAGUAAUUCCGUAAUUAAUUGAUUGUGAGACAAAAUCUGUUAUGCUGAGUAGGGCUGUUUUUGUUGGUUUUUUUUUUCCACCCUAUUUCUCCUCCUCGACACGUGUUUUUUAGCUGAGGAGGAGUGCAAAGCAGGGCUAUCAGCCAGCUGCAGGCAAACCUUGCUUAGCGAGGCAGCACCUGGCGGAGGUGCACAAAGGCUCCAGUGCUCUCCAGGCUUUUUCCCAGCCUUGCAGGUAUUCUCAGCGUAGUUUUGCAAGAUGCAGUGUGAACACAAUUCCCAUUCCAGCAGAACUCUCACCUGUGCUCCUCCUCAUCCAACCUCAGCAGCUCUGUUUUGCUCACAUCGCUUCGCCUCCUCCCUUCCUUGCUCCUCAGCCCAAAGUUUUAAGGAUUAUUUUCUUGGUGCUGGGUGUUUGCUCCUGAUUGCAAAGUGAAGCACAGAUGGAUGUCACCUGCUGGCUUAGGGUAACUGCACCCAGAGCAACUCCCUUCCUCACCAGACACUUUUAUGAUGGUUAUUCUGGGAUGGCGUUGUGGAGCUCCAUGGAAGGGAUUCCGCAUCUGGUCCGUAAAAGUUGGAAACAGCAAAUCUCCUUUUGCAGAAGAGACAGGACAAUGAAGUGGUGCCUGGGUUUUCCAUGGGCCACCAGCAGGUGGUCAGAUUGGAGCUGUUUGCCACUUCUGGAUCAUCAGGUCUGUCUGAGCUUCAUACAUGGCUGGAGAAGAUGAAUAACGUUGGCAUCCUGCUGCUCUGCCCAGCCUGAACAUGGAGCAAAGGGCUCAGAACCACCGGGGACUAUUGAUUAGGCUCCUGUUCCUGCUUCUUUCAUUUCCCAAGAGGAAGAGGGGCUGGGGACCAAGGCUUGACCUCAUGGGAACCUCUGCCUCAGAGCCAGGUGUCCCCAGCAGCACUGUGACAAGGGCAAGAGCUGAAGUCCACAAGCAGCAUUUGAGAAAAUGCGUUUUUAAGCACCACCCCCCGUCAUUACUGUUCAACUUGCCUUAAAACCUCUUUACUUUCCUCAAAUUCCUUGGCUUGGAUGGAAAGGUGGCGAAGGAUUGCCAGGUCUUCUCAUGCAUUUCUUGUUUUGUCUUCCAGCGGAAUCGAAUCCCUUUCAGCAGAUGAACACGAAUUGGAGACCUCCUGUGAGGAGAGCACGGGCCGUGGGGAGGAGCUCCCAGCAGGAGAGGGCAGCCCCAGCAGCGGCUCUGGCAGCUCCAGCAGCGGCUCCAGCAGCAGCUCCAGCAGCAGCUCAGAAAAUGACUCAGAUACAGAGGAGUCGGACGCAAGGCAGUCGGAUGAAGAACAAGAAAAGAAAGAAUCGCAGCCAGUUUGCAGUGAAUCAGAUGGAGCGGACUGUCUGCCCCACUGUGAGCACUGCAGAAAAGAAAAUGCCCAGAGGGAGCAAGUGACCCCAAGGAAGCUUUCUGGAGGACAAUAUUUGAUGAAGCUAGACAUGGAAGGCACGUACGAGUGCAGUGUCACCGGGCUGAUUUUUGAGGUGACCAAGGCGGUCACCAUCAACUACUCCCUGCUGUCCUGGAGCAAGUACGCCGGGCUGGUAGAGCCACCAUGGGUGGUGGGAGGCCCGCUCUUCGACGUGCGCUGCGAGGCGCCCUCCGCCCUCACCUCCAUCGCCUUCCCGCACUCCCUCUGCCUUGGCGAUGGUGGCUCCCAUCCGGCCUUCAAGGUGCUGCACGUCAAGGGCGCGGAUGCGGCCAUCGAGCCGUCCAUGGACUUCUCGGCCUCGCACGUGCGGUGGCUGGUCAGCUCGCUGUCGCCCGUCGGGCCGCUCAUCCGUAGCGAGGAGCCGCUGCUCUACCACGGAGCCGUCAUCCUCUACAAGGCCGUCGACGGAGACCCCUCCUUGCUGUUCCGGGUCUACGUGGCGACGAACAACGACUCCUUCAUCAAGGAUAUAUCAAGAGCAGUAAAACAUUCCAAAAAGAAAUUCAUUAAAAUUGACAAGCCCCCUGGGUGCCUGAAAUUGCUACAGAAUGGAAAGAGAUAUAGAUUAAUUUGUGAACCAGAAGCUGAAAUAACUCCAGAGGAAAUUGAAUUUGUCGAUGGAUCUCUUUUGAAGCUAAAAAGUUACAUUGAAGUCUAUUUUGAGAAACCUGAUGACUUCACCUUAUCUUUGAUUGAGCUGGACUCUGAAGCAGUUGUAUGGAAAGCAAAACUAAGAGAAAGAGACUGGAUACAUUAUGAUCAGAACAAAAAUGAGCAAACAAGAAUUCCAGGCAGUAUCAAGAGACGGAAAUCAACCAACAGCUUUUCUGAAGAAGAGAAACACUGUAGCAAAAAGCAAAGGUCUAACAAUUAUACAGACGGAAUUAAAACCAGGAGCUUGCUAACUGAUCAACAGCUGAUGGUAAUUGCAAAGUUGUUUGGUGUAGAGUGGAAGGAAAUCGCCAUUGAAUGUCUUCAGAUGGAAAUGAAAGACAUUCAGCAGAUUCAAGCAAACGAAGAGGAAGUCAAUAUCCAGAAAUUUCUGAUGUUAAGCAAGUGGAGAGAAAGAGAGCAAAGCAACGGAACUGCACAAGCCUUGUGCAACAGGCUCCGUGAAAAAGUGUCGUAUGAAAUAGUACAGGCACUAGAAGGCUUUUUGGCUGAGUGAUGAGUUGGAGAAGCUGAUGAGGAGCUCGGGAACUUUCCCCACCCAAAUGGUUAAACUUUUUCAAGCUGUUUUCCUGGGAUUUCAUUGUGAUGAAGAUCCAAAUCGUAAUCAGUCAGCGGAAAGUUUAGAGUGUCUUCAGACGAAAUGUGAAUGAAAGUUUGCACCUACGUAAGUGUAAGUAGCGUUUUGGGAGUCAUUACUCACGCAUUUGGAUACCAGUCACUGCAGCUGGCGACUCAGGAUGGAAGUGCCAGGCUUCAUGUGCCCAAAACCAAAAGCUGCCACUGAAUCUUGUCGUGUUUGAGCCAAUCCUAAAAGACAACAAUCACUGGGAGAAAUUGGUUUACCUUUAUCAGGUAUAUGACUGUUACCUUGAAACGUUUUUAUUUGAAUCAGGGAGAGACAAGGGAGAAAAGUUGUAUCAAAACUUUGACCCCCUUAAAAUAAUGAAACUGUCAAAAUCAUGAGGUACAUUGUAUUUCUCAGAGAUGCCUAGGAUCAGGGAAGAAACUCCUUAAGCUUGCACAUAAAUUCCUUAGCAGAAUCACUGUGUGUACACAACCACUGUACAUAUUCCUGUGCACUCAGUCUUUGUUGAGCUGUGGUUCUGUUUUCUUAAACCCGAAAACCACUUUCACAGUAGCACCACUAAGAACUGCGGGCAGCUUUGAAUCUUCUGUGGGAUUUCCUUCUUCUCUCUGUACAGUCUGUCUCAAUUUUUAUGAGAUUUUUUUUUUUAUGUUGUAUAAUUUUUUUGUACUAUGAACUUUUUAUACUUUUUUUUUUGUGUGUGUGUGGUUAAUUUUAACUUGAAUAGAAGGGUGGGGGGGGGGUUAAGCUAAAAUAGAGAAAAUCAGAAUCUCCGAGAAUGUUGUUACCCUGAGGGCACACAGCUGUAAAAGAUCUGAGAAUAAUGUUACCUGCAGAACAGAACAACGACCAGAGAGUGUCCUGUCUGCAGACACAUGGUUCUUUUCAUCAUCUCCUGCUGUGUAUGUUUAUGAAAAAAAAAAAAAAACAAACCCAAACGUACUUAUAAAUAUAAGGAUUAAAAAGAGAACAUUUUCGCUA